AUGGGAUUACCUCUGCUAACACUAUUUCACACUCCAGAUGCCUCAGCUACAGAAGCCACUAAAUUCAACUACCCUCACUAUCCCGAUUUACCUUCGGUGCAGACUCCCACAAUCAGUCCUGAACAAUCAACUGCACCCGUGGUCCAUUCACCUAUUCCAGCAAGUAAGAGAGUUUUAUCAUCAACCUCCCUUGCAUUAAAUGUCGUUACCUCUGCUAAUACUAAUUCGCACAAACUUCGGCUACAGACUCCACUGAGUUCGACCACUCUUACUAUCCCGAUUUACCUUCGUCUCCUCUAUCCUCCCUUCCACCUUCCGAUGCACAAGACUACGCGCAACUUGAACUAG